CUGUUGGCUGCAAGUCACUGCAGACAAAAACUUUCCUCCAAAGAUGCUGGCCCUCGCCGGACCACUGCAGAAGCUCAUCGGCCAGGUCAAAGACAACGCCAACGCCUUUGUUUUCAGCACUCUGAUUUUUUCUUACCACAUAUUUGAGAAUGAAUUUCCAUGCUCCUGUAAACCACAGAGUGAUUACUGCAUGGUCUAUAUGAUCAUGCCGUGUCUUAUCAUCGUUAUCCUGAUGCUUGCAACCGACUUGCAGUUUCAGAGAGCGUGGAAAUACACAACGUCGAAGGGCUCGUGUCACUUUGGUUGUGUUUUGUUCCGUCGCACUGUCAAGGCUUUCUGUGUGGGACUGCUGUGGGUUGCGUCUGUGCUCAUCGAUGCAGAGUGGUACGUUUGCUGUCACAACCACAAUCCCAGAGAGGAUGCAGAAUUACAGUGUAAAACCAAGGCUGAGAUCACAUCUGGACUGAGACCUGUCUUCACCAUCGCUGAGAUGAAGACCAAUUCAAGGAUGUAUGGCAUUUCUUUACUCUUCGGCAUCACGUUUGUUGGUACCUUUUUGUUGUCGACCUGGACAAUCUGCGCUGAUAGCUGCUGUCUGAAAUGUUGCAAGAGAGAGAUUCUGGUGCACGAGCUGAUGCUGGAAGUGGGCGAUGAUGCUGUGUCAGAGACUAUAAAAGAAAAACAAAAAGAGAUCAUAACUAGAAAAGUCAAAGACCACAUAGAUGAUGGGAAGUGGGAAGAAUGUUUGGAUCUGGUUGAAGACUUAAUUGACCCGAUAAACCAGGUUCACAGUUCAACAUCUACAGGAUAUCAGAGCACUCGGGAGAGCCAGUACAAGGACAGCAGCCAGCAAAGGGAGCAAGAACAAAUUCCAUUGUCUCCAAUCCAGCCACAAAAUGACAUUUUACCUGAACCAGCCGGUCACGGAGAAUGAUUGAAUGAUUGUCAACGCUGAUGUAAAUGUUCACGUGUCAAAAAGAGUCAUUAAGUAUCACAACAUCAUAUUAACAUCAUAUUUUCAAA